UUGUCUGUUAUUGAGGCAGAGGGUUGAAAUCUGGGUGUCAUCCUUGACACCAGUGGCCAUUACUUCGAAUGGGAGCUGUAAUGGUCUCACAUUGGCACUGAGGUGUUGGUAAACGUGUGGGAGGGACAUUCAAAUAGGUCCUCCUGUCACUCGCAAUCAAGCUCUCCUUCAGCCAGCACUGCAUCUUUCAAGCUCCUGGUGUUGUUUUCUCUACCUUCUUUACAAAAGUAAUUGUUAGCUCCAGUAUGUCCAAGCGGCGUGCGUCGGAGAGAGGGGCCGGAGAGACGUCAGGCAGGGCCAGCAAGCUGCAUUGUCCUGGGAUAUCUGGCAGCAAUGCUAAGCGAGCUGGGCCAUUCAUCCUGGGGCCUCGCCUGGGCAACUCACCAGUGCCCAGUAUAGUGCAGUGUCUAGCCAGAAAAGAUGGCACCGACGACUUCUAUCAGCUCAAAAUCUUGACGCUAGAGGAGCGAGUGGACUCUGCUGGUGAGACACAGGAGGAGCGGCAGGGGAAGAUGCUGCUGCACACCGAGUAUUCCCUCCUGUCACUGCUGCACAACCAGGAUGGAGUGGUGCAUCAUCACGGCCUCUUCCAGGAUCGAGCCUACGAAAUAGUGGAGGACACGGAGGCCAACAAGGUGCGCAAGAUGAAGAAGCGCAUCUGCCUGGUGCUGGACUGCCUGUGCGCCCACGACUUCAGCGACAAGACCGCUGACCUCAUCAACCUCCAGCAUUACGUCAUCAAGGAAAAGCGGCUGGGCGAGCGCGAGGCCAUCAUCAUCUUCUACGACGUGGUGCGCGUGGUGGAGGCCCUGCACAAGAAGAACAUCGUGCACCGAGACCUCAAGCUGGGCAACAUGGUGCUAAACAAACGGACGCACCGGAUCACCAUCACCAACUUCUGCUUAGGAAAGCACCUGGUGAGCGAGGACGACCUGCUGAAAGACCAGAGAGGAAGUCCGGCCUAUAUCAGCCCCGACGUGUUAAGCGGCCGCCCGUACCGCGGUAAGCCCAGUGACAUGUGGGCUCUCGGUGUGGUUCUGUUCACCAUGCUGUACGGCCAGUUCCCCUUCUACGACAGCAUACCUCAAGAGCUCUUCCGCAAGAUCAAGGCCGCAGAGUACUCCAUCCCAGAGGAUGGCCGUGUGUCGGAGAACACGGUGUGCCUCAUCCGCAAGCUGCUGGUGCUGGACCCUCAGCAGAGGCUGACUGCAGGAGAGGUGCUGGAGUCCCUCAGUGACAUCAUCGCCUCCUGGCAAUCGGUUUCAUCGCUGAGUGGCCCCCUGCAGGUGGUGCCGGACAUUGACGACCAGGUCAACCACCCAGAGCAUCUACAAGAGGCCAAGGUGACGGAGGAGUCGUCGCAGUACGAGUUUGAGAACUACAUGCGUCAGCAGCUGCUGCUGGCCGAGGAGAAGAACACCAUCCACGAGGCCAAGAGCUUCCUCACCAAGCGCCAGUUCGGCAGCCUCCCCCCGGUCAGGCGGCUCGGCCACGACGCCCAGCCCGUCAGCCCGCUGGACGCCGCCAUCCUGGCGCAACGCUUCCUGCGCAAGUAGCCCUCGCCGAACGUCCCCGAAACUGAGGAGAAGGUGAACUGGUCUAGGGUAUCCACAGCCCUCGUGUGUCGGCGGGACCUGAUGGUGCAAGUGAAAGGACUGUAAAUGGAAAGACUCAAAGGUGGCUCGCCCCAGUCGGCUCUCACUGUGGACAUUAUCCUCUCCUCUCACCUGUCCGUGUUGGAACUCUUGAGCAAUACAGGACCAGAAUCAUGUAGCAGCGCCCCUCCCCCAUUCCACCUUCCUCUCCUCCUCCAUUUCCUUCCUUCCUUCCUGUCCUGGGAAAACAAGUCUGUACCUUCAAAUCAAUCUACCUCUCUGAUCUUCUCUUCUGUUGGUAAGCCACGCCCACUGUUCUGAGACCACACCAGUGACAUCAAGCAUCCACGUUCCUGUCACCUUUCUGAUGCUUGGGAAAUCACAGGAAUAAGCUUCUUUUUUUCUUUUUUUUUUUAAAUCAUGAUCUUGGAGUAGCAUUUGAACGUGGAAGCGGGCACACGAGAACUUGUCGUCGUCGUCGUGGAGAUCUUUUUAAUUUUUUUAUUUUUUUUCUAGCAGCAGGCAGCUAGCAUGCGGAACCUGGAAGUCACCAUGCCAACACCCCACUCCGCCCCGACAUGAGGCCAUGAACUCGCCAAACGUCAUGGCCUAAAAAGCCACCGAACUGGUACCCGCGUCCUCACUAAAGGAUUAAAGCGACUUCCAGGUACCGUUUCUCUCUAUCCAGACGUGUUUGUAGUAUGAAUGUGAAGGACACGCGUGUGAGACUUUCUAGCCAAGGCCUGCCGAGCGGCCAUCUUUAAGCUAUCCUCCAGUCCUCCUUUUUUUUUUUGGACGCUUUUCCACUGCACAACCCCCUUAAUUUUUUAUUUUUUUUAUUUUUUUUUAGCUGCGGUUUUGAAUGUUAUCCAAAAGGAGACUGAGGGCAGCAUAACAGGGUAAGCUGACGCUAGUGCGUGGCCGUGUGACAGUUGAUCAACGGGGCAGAGUCGGUACCGUGCAAUGGAAAAGCGCCAUUAAAAAAAAACAACUGUUAUCUGGCACACUGUGAAAAAGCCAAGACCAACACCGAGCAAUGUUUUCACCCCUUGUACAUGCAUGUAUUAUUAUUAUUAUUAUUAUUAUUAUUAUUAUCCCACUGUUUUAGGUGCUUAAACCAGUUUAAUAAGUUUCUAGGCGACUCCCUUUUUACUUUAUCGUCCCCCCCCGUCUUCAAGCCUCGUCAAAGCCAAGCACCAGCAACUCUUAGGUCUGUUGUUUUAUUCUUCAUCUCCACUAUUUAUGCCCUCCCCUCCACGCCACCCUGACUUGUAUUUAUUGUUCACUCACAACCGUGUUGACGCUUUCAGCUACCAUCACGACUAAAGGUAGCCUCCAUUUCUUGCCAUAUUGCCACCAAUUUAAGCUACACGUACUUGACUUAGGACUUUGGGCACAUGUUUGUGUUUUCAAUUCUACACAUUUAGCUAUUUGAUUUGUAACUGAACUCGCACUAGAAUGUGUCGUCCCCCCUCCCCUCUGGACUUUUUUUUUUUUUUCUUUACAAAUGUCACCAGUUAUCUUGCAAAAUAGUUUUUCACUUUUUUCCCAGAUUAUACUGUUUUUUUUUUUGUUACUGAGUUCAAAUAACCGUUUUGCUUUUUUUUAAUUUUCAGACUCCUGCAUAGAUUGUUUUACACACAUUGUUGCUUAUUUUGUUACUUUGCUCACAAAUGUUUCAUUUUAUUUUCAGAUUUCUGCAUAUAUUUUUUUUUACACAACUUCUCAUCUUGACUUAACUUUUUUUUUGCAAACUUACCUACACAAUAUUUUACCUUUUUUUUUUUUUUUUUUUUUUAGUUAAACUUGAUUUGCGCAUGUUUCUUUCCCCACUCAUGCAUAGUUUUUUUUUUUUUACACAAUGAUGCUUUUUCACAAAUUGUUCAGACUUACCGUAUUUUUCGUAGUAUAAGUCGCUCCAGAGUAUAAGUCGCACCGGCCGAAAAUGCAUAAUAAAGAAGGAAAAAAACAUAUAUCCACUACUGUUCAAAAGUUUGGGGUCACAUGUAAAUGUCCUUAUUUUUGAAGGAAAAGCACUGUACUUUUCAAUGAAGAUAACUUUAAACUAGUCUUAACUUGAAAGAAAUACACUCUAUACAUUGCUAAUGUGCUAAAUGACUAUUCUAGCUGCAAAUGUCUGCUUUUUGGUGCAAUAUCUACAUAGUGUAUUUCCAGCAACUAUCACUCCAGUGUUCUAAUGGUACAAUGUGUUUGCUCAUUGGCUCAGAAGGCUAAUUGAUGAUUAGAAAACCCUUGUGCAAUCAUGUUCACACAUCUGAAAACACUUUAGCUCGUUACAGAAGCUACAAAACUGACCUUCCUUUGAGCAGAUUGACUUUCUGGAGCAUCACAUUUGUGGGGUCAAUUAAACGCUCAAAAUGGCCAGAAAAAGAGAACUUUCAUCUGAAACUCCACAGUCUAUUCUUGUUCUUAGAAAUGAAGGCUAUUCCACUAAAUUGUUUGGGUGACCCCAAACUUUUGAACGGUAGUGUAAGUCGCAUUUUUUGGGGACAUUUAUUUGAUAAAAGCCAACAGCAAGAAUAGACAUUUGAAAGGCAAUUUAAAAUGUCUAAAGAAUAGUGAACAACAGGCUGAAUAAGUGUACGUUAUAUGAGGCAUAAAUAACCAACUGGUAUGUUAACGUAACAUAUUAUGGUAAGAGUCAUUCAAAUAACUAUAACAUAUAGAACAUGCUAUACGUUUACCAAACAAUCUGUCACUCCUAAUCGCUAAAUCCCAUGAAAUCUUAUACGUCUAGUCUCUUAUGGUAUAUUCUUUGAUAUUUUACGGUAAUGUGUUAAUAAUUUCACACAUAAGUCGCUCCUGAGUAUAAGUCGCACCCCCGGCCAAACUAUGAAAAAAAACUGCGACUUAUAGUCCGAAAAAUACGGUAUUCAUAGCUUUUUUUCUUCACAAUUAGAUAUUUGUAUUUGUUUUUUAAAUAACAGUUUUGCUCACUUGUUUUAUUUCCUUGUUUCCCCCCGCACACCGCAAUAAAGGUGCCGCUCUUUUUGGUCAGCAUGUCAAUAUUUCCCUGCAUGACUGCGCCACAUCCCAAAGUAAAAACAAGAAUAAUAAAAUGGAAUUAGACAAAAGACGUAACUUGAAUAGAUGUCCAUCAGCAUUGUCGUAGACAUGCAUAAUAUAUAAGAAAACACAGGAUGCGAAUAAGUAGGGAAAAAAGCCACAAAGUGAAUAAUUAGCAAGUUCUGCCGUUUCUUGUCUUGCAGAGUUGUUUGUGGGCCGCUUUGAAAAGCAUGAAAGUAGUGCGAGGUGAUGCAUGGCAUGAUUUUAGAGCAGGCAAGGUAGUCCACUGAUUCAGUAGCAAACAAUUGUAUCAACAAGUUUUUAAAACAUCUUCCUCCACUCGUUUGAUAGUAAAACUUAGUGACUAUUUCUCCCUCGGUUUAGUAGCAACUAUGUAUUUGCUAUUUUCACCCAAUGUUUUCUUCCCAGCCUCCCUGCUUUAAAAGUUUUGGAUGUAUUGCUGACUAGUCAUCUGCAGCGGUGUCGUUCCAAGCUUCUCCUGGUCACAUCUUCACACAGAUUUAAAUGACAUUAUUGUACAGUUGAGGGGGAAGAACACCUUUUGUAUAAAAAAAUAAAGUAAAAAUCAUAUUUUUCUACUUCAUGAAAAACUCUACAUGCAUGUCAGCAAUAAACUUUGAUAUGGAAAUCAAAAA